AUGAAGAUAUUUGAUCAUUGCCCGGCGUUUUCACGUCUUGCUGUUCACGGAUGGCCAUGGAUGGUAGUCAUUAUUGCUGCUCCAAUGGGGGUCAUGUACGCAGUGCGAGCUUACUACAUGACUCAGCAUGGGAUGGACUCCCUGACUGCGACGGUGCGAGGUGGACUCUUCGCGGUAGGGGUCGUAAAUGUUUUACUCCUCCUCUUCCUUCUUGUUGCGUCGGACUUCCUCUAUCGGCUCACAGAGCUCAGAAAGACUAGCCGAAAAGAAAAGUCAGAGUAA